GCAGAAACAUUCAAAUUGUCUUUCGCCUGUGGUCAACAUAACCUUAUUUUUCCAUACCUCGUUGAAAGUUAAAUUUGUUUUGUAUUUAUAAGCGUUGCAGACGAAGAGAAAGAAAUUAAAAUGAAUACAGAAAAUUUAUCAGAGUCGCAAUUACAAGUAAAAUUUAUUACUAAACAAGAAAUAUACGCUGUUCCUGAUGUUCCAUUUUCAGUGCCAGUUAAUAUUAAUAUUAAAUCCUUGAACAAAUUGUUGAAUGAAUUGUUGAAGGAAAACAAUAGUAAUAUUAUUAAAUCUAUAGAUUUUGAUUUUAUUGUGUUAGGAGAAUUGUUGAGGGUUUCUUUGGUUGAACAUCUUGAAGAGAGAAAUCAAUCUACUGAGGCUACUAUUGAAAUAGAAUAUGUUGAACGUACUCAGGCACCUGAACCUCAAGAUGCUCUAUUACAUGAUGAUUGGGUAUCCAGUAUUCAAGUUGCAGAUAAGUGGAUUUUGACUGGAUGUUAUGAUAACACAAUCAAUAUAUGGAGUAUUAAAGGAAAACAUCAGGCUGCUUCUAAUAAACACACAAAUUGUGUUAGAAGUGUUAGUUGGCUGAAGAAAGGAGACCCUACGAAGGGAUUUGUGAGUGUAUCGCAUGAUUUGACUGCUAUUUUAUGGAACUGGGAAGUGGGCACGAAUGAUAUUCAAGAGCAUGCUAUUUUGAAAGGUCAUGAAAGAGGAAUUGACACUGUCAGUGUGAGCCCUGAUGGUACAAGAUUGGCAACAGGUGGAUGGGACACUCAUUUAAAAAUCUGGAAUGCAUCUCUAGAAACAGACAAUGAUGAACCUCCAAGUAAAAAGACAAAAGGAACUUUUGUUAGGACGCCAUUGGUUACCGUUAAGGGGCAUAAAGAAACGAUUUCUGGCUCUAUGUGGUCAGAUGAUAAAACAAUAUGCACUAGUUCUAUGGAUCAUACUAUCAAAUUCUGGGAUGCAGAGAUGAGUAGUAUCAAAUCUGAAAUAGUCGGACAAAAAGCAUUUUUAAGCUUAAGUUGGUCGCCCCUGAAUAAUAUGGUUCUUGCAUCCUCAGCAGACAGACAUAUAAGACUUUAUGAUCCCCGUUCUAUCGAGGGUUCUAUUUGCAAGUCUACGUACACUUCACAUACCUUGUGGGUUCCUACAGUCACUUGGUCACAAUACAGCGAACAUCUAUUUAUGUCGGGAAGCUACGAUAAAAAUGUUAAAUUAUGGGACACAAGAAGUCCCAAAGCACCACUGUUCGACCUUUCCGGCCACGAUGGCAAGGUUCUAUGCGUUGAUUGGUCUAAUAACCAAUAUUUAGUAUCCGGAGGAACCGAUAACAAUGUGAAUAUUUUUAAAAAUAAUAACUAUAAUUAAACUCUGUUUAAUAAUUUUCUUGAUAUAUUUUUUAUUGAAG